AUGGCGCCCUCUAAGACGAGCAGGGCUCCUCGCCCCGCGCCCAAAGUCUCCAAUCCAAAGACCCCAAGGCGCCCCAGCACAACCAACAAGAGCAUCCUCAACUUCUUCCAAAAAGUUGAUCGCCCCGAAGAAUCCAUGUUCGUUGGUGGUGACGCUAGUGUCGCGGUGGCAAAUCAACCCGCCCAAGAGGUCGACGAUAUCUACGCCGCCGAGGAUCCAGUUUUGGAAGAGAGAUACAACGAGGCCCAGGCGCCAAGCAAGAGGAGGAAAUUGAGCCCUGCCGAAGACAUCCAGGACGAGAACGCUGCGCCAGUUGCGACCAAGCCCAAGCCACAAGGCAGACCGACGUCUGUCAAAUCUUCUCCGCCGCCAAAGAAGCCGAGGAGAGGACCCUUCCUGGAUGACUCUGACUCCGACUCCGAACCCGAAGAUGUUGCCAAAUCAUCAGCGCCCCAGUCAAACGGCCCAGAGCCCAAGCAAUCACCCCCGAGCAAGGAAAACCAGGAAGUAUGGCCAACGACAUCCAAGGACCCGGAGAGGACGAGUCUAACCGCUGCCCUUGAACCAGUCUCCAGAACCUCCCCGCCGCCCCUCAAGAUCGAACCAUCAACCGACGGAGACUUUGCCGACCUCGAGGGCCUGAACGACGAAUUCGACGAUGAUCUAUUCGAAGGCGAAGAGUUGCGCGAAAUGCGGUUUAUCAAAGAACAGGCCCGGCUUGAGGCUGAAGAGGCCGGAAUACCAACUUGUGAUGACGGGCUCGAGACGCUGAUGGAAGACGAUGGGAUGACCGAGAGCUGUCCAAUAUGCAACAGCAGCCUCUCAGGCGUCACGCCGGACCAGGCUACCGUGCACGUAAACUCGUGUCUAGAUGGGAAUCCUACUCCCUUGCCAUCGGCCAAGCCUACGAAGCAGCCUUCGCCCGAACCGAAACAUAUAAAACGAGAGGUCUCAGAUGAGAAGAGGACAGACUUGGUCUCAGCGCCAGAGGUAGGGAAACGGUUCGCUCGAGCCGCAGUCGCGCGGCCGGGCCAGGCAAACCCAAUAGAACUCAGCGGGGGACCAAGCAAGGAUGGCAGUGGAAGCACAACCGCCUUCUCAAAGCUCAUGUCUGGGCAUGCUGAAGACGCCGCCUGGGCCACUGCAGCAGCGGCUGAGAGCGCCGCUCGGGGAAAACCUGCGUAUCAGCGGACAUGCCCUUUCUACAAGAUUAUGCCUGGUUUCCACAUCUGCGUUGAUGCUUUCCGGUAUGGCGCCGUCGACGGGUGCCGAGCCUAUUUUCUGAGCCAUUUCCACAGCGAUCACUAUAUUGGCCUCACAGCGAACUGGACACACGGCCCGAUAUACUGCAGCAAGGUCACAGGGAGCCUUGUGAAGUCCCAAUUAAAGACCGCAGAGAAAUACGUGGUAGAGCUGGAAUUCGAGAAGAAGGUGCCUAUUCCAGGGACUGAUGGCGCGUUUGUGACUAUGAUUCCUGCAAACCACUGCCCUGGGAGUUCUCUGUUCCUCUUCGAAAAAACCGUCUCAAACCCCAACCCACAUGCGCACUCAAAGGAGAAACGAAUACAGCGUAUCCUUCACUGCGGCGACUUCCGCGCAUGUCCAGCACACAUUGAGCACCCACAAUUGAAGCCGGAUGUUAUCGAUGCGCUAGGUAAAGUCAAGCAGCAGAAGAUCGACGUCUGCUAUCUCGACACUACAUAUCUCAACCCACGGUACUCAUUUCCGCCACAAACCGAUGUAAUCCAGGCGACAGCCAACUUGUGCCUCGAACUAGACACAAGUCUGCGAGCAGAGGACGAAUCAGUCUGGAACGGUGUACUGCGCCGGCGCGAGGGCCGCGGGAUAGGGAACAACGACACUGUCAGCCGUUUCUUUGUCGCAGCCGACAAGAACUCCCCAGACACCAGCAAGCAGGACUCCCAGGUCACCACCACCACCACCAAGACCAACCCAUCGAGCCCAAACGCCUUCACCGCACUAGGCCAAAAGGCGCGCGACAACCGCAACCGCCUUCUAGUAGUGUGCGGGACAUACAGCAUCGGCAAGGAGCGGAUCUGCAAGGCGAUAGCGCAGGCGCUGCGGACCAAGAUCUACGCGCCUCCGGCCAAGAUCCGGAUCUGCUCGCAGCUGGGCGACCCGGAGCUGGCGGCGCUGAUGACGGGCGACCCGGCCGAGGCGCAGGUGCACAUGCAGAUGCUCAUGGAGCUGCGCGCCGAGACACUCGCCGAGUACCUGGACGCGAACCGCCCGCAUUUUGGCCGCGUCGUCGGCUUCCGCCCCAGCGGGUGGAACUACCGGCCGAGCCUGGCCAACAACAACGGCAGCGUCGGCUCCGGCGGUGGUGCGGGAGGCAAGGCCCCCACUGGUGGUGGUGGGGGAAGCGCCGCGCAGGUGACGGCCAACAUGCCGCCCAGCUCGGUCCCCACGGCGCACAUCCUGCACGGGCCGGCGUGGCGCACGCGGUUCGGGCCCCGCGACCUGGUGCCGCAGCAGGGCAGCUCGCGCGACGCCAUGUGCUUCGGCGUGCCGUACAGCGAGCACUCGAGCUUCCGCGAGCUGAUGCUGUUCGUCAUGGCGCUGCGCAUCGAGAAGGUCGUGCCGACCGUCAACGUCGGCAGCGAGCCGUCGCGCCGCCGCAUGAAGGCCUGGACGGACCGGUGGCUCAGCGAGCGGCGGCGGGGCGGGGUCAUCAGGCUUGUUAGGGAGGACGGGGAUGGUGGGGAGGAUGAGCUUGGGAGCGAUGGGGAGGCUCGGGAGGGGCGGAGGAAGGGUGGUGGUGGCGGCGGUGAUGUCGCGAUGUGGGAUGGAAAGGAUGGGCGCGGCGGAGGCGUCAAUUGGUAG